AUGGUUAAAGUUAGUUUGAAUGACGUAAAAUUGCUGGUAGACGUUGAUAAGGAGCCACUUUUCAGACCCUCCAGCACUACAGUCGGUGAUAUUUUGACCAAGGAUGCUUUGGAGUUCAUCGUUCUUUUACAUAGAACUUUCAACAGCAAGAGAAAACAGUUGUUGGAAAAUAGACAAACCGUCCAGAAGAAAUUAGACUCAGGUUCCUAUCAGUUGGAUUUUUUACCUGAAACUGCGAAUAUUAGGAACGAUCCUACUUGGCAAGGCCCGGUUUUGGCACCAGGGCUAAUUAAUAGAUCAACGGAAAUCACGGGACCUCCAUUGAGGAAUAUGUUGAUUAAUGCUCUUAACGCCCCGGUGAACACUUAUAUGACAGAUUUUGAAGAUUCUGCCUCGCCCACCUGGAAUAACAUGGUUUACGGUCAAGUUAAUCUCUACGACGCUAUCAGAAAUCAAAUCAAUUUUGAGACGCCAAAAAAAUCGUACAAAUUGAAUGGAAAGGUGGCAGACUUGCCUACCAUUAUCGUGAGACCCCGUGGAUGGCACAUGGUGGAGAAGCACCUUUAUGUAGAUGAUGAACCAAUUAGCGCUUCUAUCUUUGAUUUUGGUUUAUACUUCUAUCAUAACGCCAAAGAAUUGAUAAAUUUGGGUAAAGGUCCUUACUUUUACUUACCAAAGAUGGAGCACCAUUUGGAAGCCAAACUAUGGAAUGACAUCUUUUGCGUUGCCCAAGAUUACAUCGGCAUUCCAAGAGGCACAAUCAGAGCUACCGUAUUGAUUGAAACUUUGCCCGCUGCUUUCCAAAUGGAAGAGAUCAUCUAUCAAUUAAGGCAACAUUCAAGUGGGUUGAAUUGCGGGCGUUGGGACUAUAUUUUCUCCACAAUCAAAAGAUUAAGAAAUGAUCCUAACCACAUUUUGCCCAAUAGGGACCAAGUUACAAUGACUUCGCCUUUCAUGGAUUCAUAUGUGAAAAGGUUAAUCAAUACCUGUCACCGUAGGGGUGUUCAUGCCAUGGGUGGCAUGGCGGCGCAAAUCCCUAUCAAGGACGAUCCAGUAGCCAAUGAAAAGGCAAUGACAAAAGUACGCAAUGAUAAGAUUAGAGAGCUCACAAAUGGUCAUGAUGGGUCUUGGGUUGCACACCCAGCACUCGCCCCCAUCUGUAAUGAAGUUUUCAUUAAUAUGGGAACUCCAAAUCAAAUCUACUUUGUUCCUGAGAACGUCAUCACAGCUGCUAACUUGUUGGAAACGAAUAUUCCAAACGCCGAGAUUACUACUGCUGGCAUUGUACAGAACUUGGAUAUCGGGUUGCAAUACAUGGAAGCUUGGCUGAGAGGCUCCGGUUGCGUGCCCAUCAACAACCUGAUGGAAGACGCCGCGACUGCUGAAGUGUCUCGUUGUCAAUUGUACCAAUGGGUGAGGCACGGUGUCACUUUAAAGGACACAAGAGAAAAAGUCACUCCAGAAUUAACUGAAAAAAUCUUGCAUGAGCAAGUGGAAAGAUUAUCUAAGGCAAGUCCAUUGGGCGACAAGAACAAAUUUGCACUGGCCGCCAAAUACUUUUUACCGGAAAUCAGAGGUGAGAAAUUUAGUGAAUUUUUGACCACAUUGUUAUACGAUGAGAUUGUGUCCACUAAGGCUACGCCCACUGAUUUGAGUAAGUUAUGA